AUGAACUACGAUCUCUCGGGGGUCGCCUCCUCUAGAGAGAGCACACUCCUCAACAGUAAUGGUCGUACCAUACAAUCACCCAGCCUAGAAGCGAAGACCGCAAGCCGAACUCCUCUCCUUAUAUCUUCUGAGUAUGGGCAUUUGGAAAUCGUGAAGCUGCUACAGUCCAGAUUCGGAGCAAAUGUUGAUGCUCGUGACACUCUCGAGCGCACGGCAUUUCAUCUGUCAUGUUGUUGCCGAGAUCCAGAUGUAUCUAGAUUCAUAAUACAGUUACGUCCAGAGCUGAGGGAAGCUGUGGACAGACAUGGCCGUACAGGCCUCUUCUAUGCUGUUCUCAACAAUGUGAAUGGCAAUGACAGUCGUGCUGGUCUGCAGCGCGCUGAGUGCGGCGCUCCUGGCCAGCUCACAUUUGGAGAUUCGAAGUUCCAUGAUUACAGGGCACGCUUGAUGACGUUGCUGCAGACGAUACAGCAGAAUGGCUUGGAGCAUAUGUACCACGUGAAACGACCUGAUCUCUUCAGCGGCAGCUGGAUGGAGGGAAUUUCCGGAACUGACGAUCUGUUCGCUGAAGAGGGGGAACUGCUGAGGACCAGCUGCAAUGUCAGCGAAGCUCUCAUACGCGUUUGCAACCUGUUGUCGCCGCCAGCGAGCAUGCCGGCUCCGAACUCUGCUGUAACGUCAGAGGACCUUCUUGAGAGGUAUCUGGUCGUCAACUCCGAUGACGUCUCGGGUGGCAAGGGAAGAGGGUCGGCGAAUAGUGACAAAUGUGGGCGCAUCUAUGUGAGUUCACAUACUCGACACUUACUGAAAGGUGAGAAGGGCAAUCGAGAGCGGGAGAGUAUGCAGAUAGUGGAGAAAGAGAGAGACGAUAAGCUACUAGAGUUGAUGCGGCAAAUAAAGGCUGCAGACGAGAAGCUUGGCACAGCAGUAUCGGUUGCUGAAUACACAGCACUACAGGAGGAAGCAGCUGAGCUGAGGGGUUUGAAGACGCAGCUGGAGAUUCAGCUGAUGGACCUGCGCGGCCAAGCAUCGUUUGCCGCUGAGAAGGCGCGGACUAUGACGGAUGAGCUCGAAAAGAGAUGUAGGGAAAAUGGGGAGCUCGCUGUGCAGUUGGCUGCAGCACAAGCGAUGAUUGAUAACAUGGCUGUUGAUGCUGCUAGGAAGCAGACUGUUCAGGAAGGGUGUCGAACUAUGGCUUGGGACUCUGUGGAGGACACUGGCAGGUACGAUAGACUCGAGCGUCAGUUAGUUGUGAUGAAGGGCGAGAAAGGCAAUCUGCUGAGACAAAAUGAGGUUCUUGAGGCGGAAGUUAAGCGCAUGGUAACGAUCGCUGGAGAUGAAAAAAGGGCGGAAGUCGAUAGGGUCGAACAAGAGAACGGGAAAUUACGGCAACGUCUUGGCGAGUUGGAAGAAAAACUCGAACGAUUGGAUAAGGACAAGUCUGAGGAGAUGACCACGGAAGAGCCGAGUGAAUCUGAGAGGAAGAAGGGAGAAGCUGAGCGAGAAAUGAAGACGAAGGACAGGGCGGAGAAGUGGCUGUCAUAUUUGGAUGAUCGAGAUCCCUCUAUCGCUGACAACGCUAUUACCUCGAGAAUAGCCGUGGAGGUCCCUGCUGUAGCAGCACUACUGAAUCUAGUCUAA